GCGACGAGCAACCAAGAAUAGAAUGUCCGCCAGCGCAAUCGUCCUCGAGAAAGACUUCCUGAUCUCCGCUACAGACAACGCAAACUUUGACCGCGUCACUCGAAUCUCUGCCUCGACGCCCGACGGGGACAUCGACAUCCAGCUCGACAUCAACUCGGAGAUUUACCCUCUUGAGGAGGGAAGGAAGAUCAGACUCGUCCUCGCAAAGACCUUGGCUUUGGAUGGUUCAAGAGACGUUAAUGCCGAGGGUCGGGGGUGGAGGGAGACUUCUGAGGUAACGCUUGCCGAAGAAUACGAAUAUGUCUGCUACGGAAAAGUCUACCGCCACGACGAGCACGGAGACACUGAUUUGAUCUCGGUGUACAUCUCCUUCGGUGGACUGCUACUCAUGGUCAAGGGAAACUACAAAGACUUGCAGGGUCUCAAUCAGGACAACGUAUAUUUAUUGAUCAAGAAGCAGUAG